AAAAUCAACUCAGCCGAGGAUGACAUCCACCUCCUUCGCUGCAGCCUCUAUGUAUGAGAAGGAGUUUAUGGAGUUAGUAUGGGAAAAAGGUGAGAUCCAAGUGAGAGGACCAUCCUGCAGGUGGAAAAGUGAUAUUGUUGAAGCUAAAGGAGAAAAGAGAGGCAAGUUAGGGAGCAUUGUGAAUUUUGGAAGAGCAACAGAGGAUUGUGAUCAUGGUUUGAAAUAUACUACUCCUAGUGUUGAUCAUCAUUACAAACCUCACCCUCAUCCUCACCACUCUCAUGAGUUCUACUCAGAAAAAAUUGCUGCUGCUGCCACGGCGGCCACUGGGAAUAAUAAUGAUUGCCGUAUUGUUCCAGAAUACGAAAAUGAAAAUGAUUGUGCAGAAUAUGAAAAUGAAUGUCCAGAAUAUGAAUAUGCACAUUUAAAACCAGCAGUGAAUAUUAACGAUGCAUCGAAGUUGGAGAGAACAAUCACUCAGACUAAUCAUCGGCUGAGAGCUUUCCCACGGAGGAAUUGUAGUGAUCACAUUGAUUCAACCUCCUUGCCAGAAGUAGUGCUAGAGCGCCAAGCUGCUUGUGUUGCUCAUAAAAUAACUACUACAACAACAACAACUCCUUCUCAUUCUUCUCAUUCUUCUCAUGAUUCUCAUUCUGAUUCUCAUUAUGGUGGCCAGUGGUUCCUAGGAGUAGGAGUAGCAAGUAAUCAUCAAGAGAAGAAUUCGAAGAAUUCGAACCAGAAGUGGAACAAGAGUAGGAGGAACAGCGGCGACUUGUCCCACUUUUCCAGUGGAAUAAGACUUGCAACUGUUCCUAAACCUAAUAAUGUAGCUACUAAUGUUAAUACACCUUGCACUUGCACCGCUGCUGCUGCUGCUACCAAGUACUCAAUCGUCACGGACAAAGAUCAUCAGAGGCGCCCGGAUGCUUUAGGCAUCGUUCCCAACCAUCAUCUUGAAUCGCUUACUGCUAAUACUGCUAGUGUCAAACAUCUCCAAAUUAAUCCAACCGUCAAACCACUAGAUCUACACUACUUAUCCCUUCGGCCUCAUGUUCCAGCCGAUGAGCACUCUGAAGCUUUCGGUAACAAAGUUGUUGCCUUAGAAGAACAACUUCCCCACAAGAAAACGAAAACCCCCAAAAUCUCAAAACCAAAAACGAAAACCCAAACUGCAACUGGAAAGUACUUCACACGAUCUCCUCCUCCUUCUGUUCCAUCAGCUUCAGUAUGCUCUCUGGGAGCUUCAAAUAGCCCAGCACACGCACACGCACACGCACAUGCACACCCUCUGAAGCGCACAUCUGAGGACACUGAAGAGUCUGCCUAUCCAUGUAAAGCUAAUUACAGUUCCAACAACACUCAGAGUGUUGAAGAUGAACCCAAGGCUCAGGCUGUUAUAAAAGCAGCAGUUGCUCCCGGAGGAGGUAGAUCCAAGAGAAACCGAACUGCACAAAUCCAUAAUUUGUCCGAAAAGAGGCGAAGAGAUACCAUCAACAAGAAGAUGCGGGAGUUAAAAGAGCUCUUACCCAAUUGCAAUAAGGUGGACAAAGUUUCAAUGCUUGACGAGGCCAUUGAGUAUCUCCAGACACUUCAGCGUCAAUUACAGCAGAUGUUGUCGAUGGGAAACGAGAUUAUGGCGCCUCAAAUGAUGCUGCCUGCUGGAGCGCCACAUUUGUGUGAUCCAUCGAUGAUGAGACUAAGCAGCAGCCUACUCCCCUGCUUCCCUACGACUACUAGUACUAGUACUAGCACUAGCGCUGGCACUGGAACUGGUGGUCAUUCUAAUCCUUAUAAUUCUGGAUUUCAGAUGCUUCCCUUCCCUGCUUAUCUGCUUCCCUUCAAUACUAUUCCUCUUCAUUCCCUCGUACCACCCGCUAUCUCCAGGCCCACCACCCUUUUUGAUCAGCCUUAUUUUGCUUCCAAAUAUUAUUCAAACCCCCAUUUCGUCCAUAUGUUUUACAACAACAACAACAACACUCCUACAAAUCAUGUUGAGCGCUCCAGGACUACCCAAUCAACUUCUACUCAUCAGGGAACCCACCAAAACUCAAAACAAUGUUCUGCUUAGCCACAGUACAGCACUCAUGCACAGAUAUAUAUAUAACAACUUAAUUUCAGAUGUACAGCAAAAGAAUGCAGACUCUUUUUAUUGUAGCAGCGAAAAUGUUGGCCUAAUAACGAUGCAUUUGCAGUCUUCUCA